AUGGCAUCGUCUCCUAGUGAUACCAAGGCUGCUAGCCAAGUUGCUAAAGGUAAGUUAGCCCUUCUUUUUAAUAACCCUCAGGAAGAUGGACAUUGCCCACGCUUGGUGAGGCCAGCCGAUUUCAAACCGUCCGGCUUGGUGACGCCUAACGAUUUCAAACCGUCCGGCUUGGUGACGCGCUUGGUGACGCCAGCCGAUUUCCUACUGUCCGGCAUGGUGACACCAGCCGAUUUCCUACCGUCCGAGGAAGAAAGAGGAGAUGUUUUGAAGCAAGUGGGAGAUCUUUUGAAGCUAGUGGAGAAGAUGCUUGAUGGUGGUCAGGAGACUCGGGAGGAGUUGGAGAAACCAAAAUCUUAG